AUGCCAGACUCCACCACAACCAUCACCCUUACCCCAAUCAACCUCCACGAGCCGACCGAAUACGCCGCCCUCCAACACCAGCGCACAAUCUGCGGCUGGGACCAAACCGACGAAGCCCUCCUCGCCUGGCGCGCCAAACAAGACGCGGGCCUCAAAUCCUUCUUCUGGAUCGACAUCGUCCCCCCUUCCAACACUGCGGUGGCGCCAAUCCACGCAGGCCACAUCUCCCUCGACGCCUACGCCCACCCGCCGGACCCGGACCUGGCCACCGCCGACGGCACCAACCUCACCAUCCAGUCGUUCUUCAUCCUCCCGGCGCACCGGGAGGGCGGGCUGGGCCGGCGCGCGAUGGCGCUGGUCGAGGAGCGGGCGCGCCGCGACCCGCGCUGCCGGUACGUGACCCUCAACGCCGUCAGCAAAGCGUACUACGCGGACCCCGGGCGGCGGCGCUGGAUCGAGCGCAUCCGCGGCGAGGGUGGCCUGCCGGUCGCGGAGUGGUAUGAGAGGAUGGGGUAUGUGCGGUGGAAGACGGAGCCGCGGUACACGGACUGGACGCCGGAGGGGGAGGAGGUGGUUCUCGAGGCGGAUUUUAUGAGGAAGUUGGUGGGGGGCGUGGGGUUGGGGUAG